AUGGAUGGAACGGAUUGUGGCAAGCAUGACGACAAGUUGAAGCAUCGUGUGUUGACGCUGCCAAGCUUAAGGGGUGGCUUGUUGGUGCAUGCGCUGAAGAAGAUCAAAAAGCGAACAGGAGUACUCACCUGCGAACUACGGUACCUGGAUUAUGGAGCAGAGGUCGUGAUCAACGGGAAGCCCGGCAGCGUAUUGAACUGCGAAGAAGCUGUACUGCAAGUUGCCGAAGGCAGCAUUGAUGGAUUGGGCUUCGCAGAAGUCCGUCAUGAGGUAUCCUUUCCGGCCGCCAAAAAGCUUGACACUGGCAAGGCAAAACUUCAUCGGAGCCCAGCACAAGCCAUUGGAUGCAUGACAGGUUGCGACCUUAUCCUCGAUGAAGCGCAGUCGCAGAUGCUUGUGGUGGGUCCUUCUGAAGCUGUGGCUCGCGGUGCUGCAAGGCUUGCAGAUAAAUUUCUGGCAUCGCGGAGUCAUGAUCUGUCUGCUGUCGUCAAGAUCGACACUUCGGGAGCUGAAGGCAAGUGCGUCUCGGCUGAUGUGGAUUCAAGAAGGGGUGCAAAGGACUCGGAAGAGAGAGCAUGGAAGCCGCCGGCAAAAGCUCCGCCGGAAGUCUUGCUGGCUCCACGAUCAGACCGUCCUAUAGGUUCACCCGUGGUCCAAGCGGUGACAGAUGAAUUUGGGCGCCGAUAUUACUGGAACCACAUGGAUGCCACAUCGAGUUGGCAUCCACCUCCUCCACAUAUUGGCUUCUGGGAGCAUCUGCUUGAUUACAGGACGGGGCGAGCCUAUUUCGUAAACCGUGGUACCGGACAGACUUCUUGGGACUUGCUUGGCCGUCUACAUCAGCCGGGAGCUGAAGCAAAGGCGAAACUUUCUGCGCCGUCUCCCAGCGCCUGGGUCCCACCUUCGACCCCGCCGGCACCUCCGUCGACGGUGCCCGCAGAGGCCCCAAGCUCUGCCCGUGCGGCGAGCUUCAGCGUGACGAAAUCGACCGACGGGCAGAUUGAAGGCCGAAGGGAAGCACGGCUUCGGACAAGGCAAGCACUGGAAGAGAUCAAAGCUCGCAGGCGCCGGAGUCCCGGGCCUCCUGCUCCUUCGUCAUCAGUCCCGGCCGACGAAGCUGCGGAAGAGUUCCUUGAGUUGCCUGCGAGUGGUGGGGCCGAGAACCAGGCAGAGGACCGAAACCUCGACGAGGAUGUGGAGGCUGACGCUGAGCCAGGGGAGCUUGUCUUCAACGAGGAGGAGGAAGAUGUGUUCAGCACAGAAGGCGCUGAAGGACGGUCAUCCCAGACAAAUCAGCAGGACACGUCAGACGAGGUCCUCGUGGAUCUUGACCCAAUUCCGGAUGCUGGGCAGGAGUUCUGGGAAGAGGACAUGAGCAUGGAGUUCGACUUAGCCGACAAGGAUAAUAUUUUCGAGAGCGACGUUUUCGAACAAGAAGAUUUGCAUGACUUCGCAGACGAAGAGGCCAUCAAGCACGAGCUGCUGUCCGAGAUCCAGACAUUACGUGAGCGUCAAGAGGAGGAGGAGGUGCAGUUAGAGGGCGACAUCGUAUGGCAAAUGGACGAGGAGGAGCUCCAUGAUCUGGAGCACGAAGAGGUGAGACCUGCCGAGGAGAGGGGGGUUCAGUUCGUUUGCCACCUAGCAGGCACUUUUGGGGAGAGAACAGCAAGGCAGGAAUUUAGAUCUCCUCAGAGGAAACAAUCAAGCUUUCAAAGCAGCCUUACUCCCGACGGUGCUGGGGCCUGA